CACCGCGGGGAGGGCGCAGGCGAGCACCGAUCACCGAGCCGCGCAGGACGCCGUCCUCCUGGCGCCGCUUCCUCGGCGCGGGGACCCGCAGCCGCGCCGCCCCCUCCGCCCUCCUCCCCCGCGCCGCCCGGGGAGCGCGCGCAGCCCGGCGCGGAGCCCGAGUCGCGAGCGGAUGCGGCCCGCUCUGGACGCCGGCGGGGGAGAGCGGAUCCACCCGGGUCGGAGAAGGCUCGGCGGUCGGGAACAAGGGUGACCCCAUCCGAAGAGGACGGGCCAGGGCCCAAGAGACACUCCCAUGCUGAGCGCCCACCAUAGCGGGGAAGCCCUACAGCACCGGCCCCAUGGAGAAAGGACUCGCUGUGGCCCAGGACUGCCGGGACUUUGUGCACAGCCUGAGGAUAAGGAGCAGAUACGCCCUUUUCCUGGCCUUUGUGGUGGUAGUUUUCGUCUUCAUUGAAAAGGAGAAUAAAAUCUUAUCAAGGGUCUCACACAGGCUGAAGCAGAACUCCCAGUCCCUGGCCGAUGCCAACGGCACUGACCCAGCCCUCAUCCUGGCUGAGAAUGCAUCCCUCUUGUCCCUGAGCGAGCUCAAUGCCCCCUUCUCCCAGCUGCAGAGCCGCCUGCACAACCUCAGCCUACAGCUGGGGGUAGAGGCCGAGGGCAAGGGGCAGGAGCCCGAGGAGGCAGCCACGAAGCCCCCCCAGCCGGCCUUGGCCCCACACCGGCAGCGACGCCACGUGCUGCUCAUGGCCACCACCCGCACAGGCUCCUCCUUCGUGGGCGAGUUCUUCAACCAGCAGGGGAACAUCUUCUACCUCUUCGAGCCACUAUGGCACAUCGAGCGCACAGUGUCCUUUGAGCAGCGUGGCGCUAGCGCAGCAGGCUCAGCCCUUGUGUACCGGGACGUGCUGCAACAGCUGUUCCUGUGUGACCUGUACGUGCUUGAGCCCUUCAUCAGCCCGGUGCCUGAGGCCCACCUGACCCAGUUCAUGUUCCGCCGGGGCUCCAGCCGCUCGCUGUGCGAGGACCCGGUGUGCACGCCCUUUGUCAAGAAGGUCUUUGAGAAGUACCACUGCAAGGACCGCCGGUGCGGGCCCCUCAACGUGACGCUGGCGGCUGAGGCCUGUCGGCGCAAGGAACACAUGGCCCUCAAAGCCGUGCGCAUCCGCCAGCUGGAAUUCCUGCAGCCACUGGCCGAGGACCCCCGGCUGGACCUGCGUGUCAUCCAAUUGGUGCGCGACCCCCGCGCUGUGCUGGCCUCGCGCAUGGUGGCCUUUGCUGGCAAGUAUGAGACUUGGAAGAAGUGGCUGGCCGAAGGGCAGGACCAGCUGCAGGAGGAGGAGGUGCAGCGUCUGCGGGGCAACUGCGAGAGCAUCCGGUUGUCGGCUGAGCUGGGCCUGCGCCAGCCUGCCUGGCUGCGCGGCCGUUACAUGCUGGUGCGCUACGAGGACGUGGCGCGCAGGCCGCUGCAGAAAGCGCGUGAGAUGUACCGCUUCGCCGGCAUCCCCCUGACUCCACAGGUGGAGGACUGGAUCCAGAAGAACACACAGGCGGCCCUGGACGGCAACGGCAUUUACUCCACACAGAAGAACUCCUCGGAGCAGUUCGAGAAGUGGCGCUUCAGCAUUCCCUUCAAGCUGGCCCAGGUGGUGCAGGCCGCCUGUGCGCCCACCAUGCGCCUCUUCGGCUACAAGCUGGCCAGGGACGCUGCCUCCCUCACCAACCGCUCCAUCAGCCUGCUGGAAGAGCGGGGCACCUUCUGGGUCACGUAGGGCCCUUGGGCCCCUGCAUAUCCCUCCUUGUGAAAGGCCUGCUCUGCCUUCCUUGCACCCAGGCCAGCAAGAGAUGCAGUCCUGGUGGAGUACAGUGGGUGGUAGCUGCCCUAGAGCAGGCAGCCAGCUCCUCCUGCAGCUGUAGGCUUCCUGCUCCCAGCUUCCAUGCAGCACGGGCCCUGGGGCCCUGUCCCUUUGAGGGCCACCCAGAUCUAAGAGAUGUCAGUCUCCUAAGCAGGACCAGACAGGCUCUGGACCAUUAACAAGCCUCAUUCUUCUCUCUCUCUCUCUCUCUCUCUCUCUCUCUCUCUCUCUCUCUCUCACACACACACACACACACACACACACACACACACCCAAAUGCCUGAAGGCUCUGUGGGCUGGAAUCCAAAUACUUAAGAAUCAAGGGGCCUAGGCCUGGACCAGCCGCUCAGAUCCCCUGCUAUACUCAGUGUUAACCUUUUCCUUCCAGAUUGUGGAGAAGCUGGGAUUCUGGGUAACUGCUUGGGGACAGAUAGGACAGCCCAGGUUGGAGAGGGAGACAUAUAAAGCUCAAAUGGUGACAGUGGUUCUUUACCAACCACUACAAAUUGAUAUGUUGUUUUAGUAAACAGGAUAGCAGGGGGUCCAGGGAGAUGGCUCAGUGGAAUAAGCGCUUCCCUGGCAAACCUGAGUUUGAUCCCAAAAAACAAAACAAAAAACCAGGAUAGCAGGGCUGGUGGUCAAUGAAUACCAGCCAGGUAUAGAGCUACAGAGCACAUAUACAUAGAUACACAUACCACAGGCAGACAGAAGAAUGCCACAAAAACACAAGUCCGUACACGUGUGUACACAGAAGGUCCUGUAAUGCUCAUGGGGUUUUUUUUGUGUCCCACAUCUAAAGAGGAGUCUUUAAUUACAUUUUUAGAAUUAACUGGAGGGGCAGGAGAAGGAAACUUGAUUCCCUGGCUAAUGUUGGGGCUGAAUGGUGAACAGAACUGCCCAGCCCACACCUCUCGUCCACCCGGGAUCCUCAGACUGCCUCUUCCACAUCUCUGGGCCGGCAGGCAGGAUGUUCCCGCCUCCUGUGAGAGCCUGGCUGUUUCCCUGGAGCUUGCUAUAUUUGAAAGCUGCCUUGGGCCUGACUGGCAGAGGUAGCUUUGUCCCUGGAGGCAAAGGACAGCUCAUUGGUCAGGACUUGUCCAGCAGGCCUCAUCCGGGACCAGGCUAUGAGGUUCAGAGUGCUCUGGGGACAUGAGUCACAUCAGGAUGUGCACUCCCCGCAAGCCUGCCUUCUCCCUGGAGGUAACCAAAGGUCAGCCAAUUGGUCCCCAUGGUUAUGCCGAGACUCUGAAGGAUUCUGAGAAGAGCACAGUAUUGCUCAAUUCUGGGUGUUUUGCUUAGGGAUUUUAGGUUAUUUAUGGCUUGGUGUCUUCUUUUCUAGCUGUUUUCCCUUUUGUUUCUGCCAGAGUAGUCUGAGUCUGAGGGGCUGGGGGACUUGGGGGAAAGGAGGAGGGAGCUGGGCUCCCGCAGGGGCGGACAGGAAGGGAGCCUUCUUCAGCAGGAUCUGAGCCCAGUGGUUCUCUCAGCUCCCACAGCCUAUGCAUGUGAGCCCCACAUGGAACCCAUCUCAGAAACCACCAGCCGUCUUGCUAUGUCCUCACCUCUCGGGAGCAGAUGUUGCAUGUGACAGACCCUGACAUGUUUCCUCAUAACCAAGCAGCAACUGUCCCCAAAGUGCUGCCAUGCACAUGAACAAGGGACAAAUGGGAGCUGGCUCCCAUAGGGGACCCAAAGGGACACUGGCUCUAGAAACUUGACCAUAAGGCCAAGCAGGCCAGCAUGGUUCUGACAGGCCCAGGAAUGCCAGUCCUUUCCCAACACCUGUCCUUUCUCUCCUCCGUCUUCUCAUGGGGGAGGAAGGGCUUGGGCAGGGGAUGGCCACCUCUCUGCCCACCUCUCUGUGGUGCUUUUCCUUGGGGCCCCUGGUUGGAGAGUAAACAGCUUCUUUCUCCUUGAGCCUAGUCCCAGGUUUCCCACAGCCUCUGAGGACAGCACUGAGAAUGGACCCUGGGGGACUUCCCAGACACUGCAAGUGACUUUAUUUAUUUUGUGAAGAGACAGAUGAUGUCCCUCAAAGGAACACAAAGCUAUACUCAAAUCAAGGGAGACAAAUAGUCCUAGACACCCAUACUCAGGACACCCAAGGACACUCCAAGCAUACGAAGGGCAAAAGCACUGUGCAUACCUGCCCUGGGUGUGGCUGGAGGGGCCCCUUGGGUUCUCUCCUGUUGAUCUGAAUAUGUGACCCAAGGACCCUUACUGCUGUCUUGUCUUUCCCAGGAGUCUGAGACAGGACUACUCAGCAGGUGGGCACAACCUGGAAAUAUCACCCUGGGGCCUGGCAGUGCCACAGGAAUCCUUGGGGCUUGGUAGGGGGCAGUGAGGGGGCGAUGAGGUUGGAGUCCUGCGUUGAGGCUUCAGCCAGGAGCUGGGAAGGAGGAGGUGGUCUGGGUGGUGUCAUGGCUGGCACUGUGGCCCCCUUUCCUGCGUGGUCGCUACCUCUAAUGAUGGCAGGCACCAGGAGGAUAGACCUGGCCAGAUGAGUGGGUGGAGGGGUGAGAUGGCCUAAUCCAAACUCUAAAAAGCCUCUGCCAGGCCAGAGCUCAUUGUUACUGACUGGAGGGCUUGUUCCUUGAGAACUGGAUUUUGAAGGACAGCUGCACAAAAGCAAAUGGUGAGUCCCCAGGGAAGUACCCUCCCUAUCCCAGCCACAAGAUGAAAUAAAAGUGAACUCAAGCUGGGUGUGGCGGCACGUACCUGUGCUCCCAGCACUCAAGAG